AUGGCGAACGUUUCGGCUUUUCGCGAUUCUUCUUUAUCUGAAAAUACAUGUAUCAUUAACCUCAAUCAGUUGUCGUCCUUGAUCCAACAGUGGACCGAAUCAGUGAACGAUCUGGUCCUGGCAUGCAAGCAGGUGUCAGAUGCGCAUCGUGAUCUGAGCUGUUUAUCUUCCAUACAGCAUCUUCCACCAGAUUUGGACCGGGAUUUAUGGUUGAAUUCCCUGAAAUUGAAACUAGGAUCCUCAGUGGAACGGUCGUUUGAUCUAAUGUCCCGUCUACGUUCCAUCACAUUGGAUGUGUUCGAAGCCAUUGAGGUAUUGGAAAGAGAAUUGUGUUCCAUUGCAAGAACAAGGAAAGCGCAAAAUAAUUGGACCCAACUGUCGUGGUGUACCAGCCUAAUUGGUCAGUUUCGGUCUGCUUUGGCGAACGAGUGUGAUGCUAUCGGAUUGUAUCAUAUGCGAACGGUGUUCGCCAAUGACGAAGUUCACAUUCCAUCCACACCGCUGGUAUUUGAACCUGAUUUGCCAGUGAUAUCGAAAUUGUGGUCGGAGUCAUAUUUACCGGCCUUUCGGAUUUUGGUCCCUUAG